UUACCGUCAUUUUCUUUACCGUCAAAGAAGUUUUUCGCUGCAAUCCGCGCGAGUCAUCGUCAUUGUCGUUCGGAUUCAUGGUGUUUAUGGGUGAAAAGAAAAUCUUUGCUUUCUGUGUUAACUAGUGCAACCAUCUGGAUCGAAGCGACGGAAAGAUUCCGGAUGGAUCCGGUGUCGAAUAGUGCUUUUCGUAAUGUGUGACCGCUAAGUGGUGCUGCGCAAAAUUUUCGCAGGAAUUUCGUCAUUCCGGAUUUUGCCGUCCGCAUCAAAAGAAAGAUGGUCGACAAGAAUUAAAACGCAUAUUCGCCUACUUCGUGUCAUCGCGAACCGUUUUUUUUAUCACCGUGGAUCCGCGCGCCGUUUGUUCAGAAAAAUAUUUUUUUUCCGAAUUUUGUGGUGGGUAAGGGCGAAAUUGAGAAUGACUCAUUUGGCAGGUGUAGCUGGGGAUAACUUAAAAUGUAAUUAUUGGAAAUAUCGAAGGUUUUGCUGUUAAAACGCAGUAUACUGCCUUAAUUUGUCAGAAAACUUAUACUAGAGCAAAGUUGAUUGGAUUCAACUGGUUAGAAAUUAUAUUGUGCAAUGUGGAAGAAAUUUUUUUCUGUCCUUCAAAAGUUUUGAACAGCAGCUAAACUCGUGGCCAAUUAAAAUUUUCACUCGUGUCACUUUUCUCUUUCGCUAAAAAAAAUACUGUGCCUCUGCUGCUAAAAGUGCGAGAGAGUGGUGAGAAAAAGGAGAGAAGAAAGAUCAAAAUAAAGUAAAAUCAAAACACAUUUUAAUUCAACGGAAUAACCAGCCGUCUUCGAACGGUGAAUACGGAGCAAAAGAAGCGACAUACAAUUUCGUCAUAACGGCCGAGCGGCGACAGAAAUAAUCUGUCCCGCGGAAGUAAGGUCAUCUGACCUGUGAACCGGUUUUUUUGAGAAGACUGUUCGUGAGUGAAGUAAAGUUGGUCAAAAUGUGGAGCCCGUCGUACGAGAUUAUUGUGGAAACGUUAACCGGGUCGGAAUUCGAGGUCACUGUCAGCGAUCGGGACACCGUUGGCUACAUCAAAUCGAAGAUCCAGAAGUAUGAAGGAAUCCCGGUCAACCAACAACACUUACUAUAUAACCACAAAGAACUAAACGAUGCAAUGGAGAUGAAGGAUAUUCCUUUGGUCAACGGUUCCCGGUUGAAGUUGGUGCUAGGGAUGAAAGGUGGUCCGAUAUCCUCCAAACGGGUCGUCACUAUUUCCGAUUAUGAAAAUUGGUUCGACAUGAGCGACGUGCUGGCAAGACAAGACGCAGCCAGUCUAAAGACACCCGGAUUGAAGUUACUGGUCAAUAAGAAAAACAUUCAUCGUCUGAUGAAGGUUCGUGCCGAAAAAGCAUCAGACAGCAUCAAGGGGACAGUGUCCCGAACCGUCGGAAGCCAAAGUGAAGGUGAUGCCGAUAGCGAGGAGCUCCAACGGGAAACUCAGAAGGAGCGGGAUGACAAGGUUACUGCUGAGAAACUCACUCAAAUUAAGACCAAGUUAAACAUGAAGAAAAAAAGGCUGGCUAGCUCUGUUCUUCCGACAUCACCGGAACCAAUUAUUAAAGAAGAGAGAACACCUAUAUUGCGUCCCACCUAUUCGGCUGGUCCGGUAGGUUCUGCAGUUCCCCAUCAUUCUCGGCCUUUAACACAAACGACCAAUAUGGUAUCAUCCAGAAGGGAACCACUUCUACCGCAUAUCACAUCUUACCAUAACAUUCACAGUACUAUCUCACGUCAGGCCGAGCUGGAUCGUCACUCACAGAUCCGCGAAAAUCUUCAGCGUAAUCGUUCCUUCAAAACCAUCAGUGCUAAGAACCUAAACGUAUCCGCCCACGAUAUGGCUGUACACGAUUCGAGCAGGCUCGAAAGAUCGCUAUCGUUUCACUCCAACGGAAUUCUUAACCGAAUGGAUUCGGACCCAACGGAAUGCAGUCGUAGUGUGUACAGCCAAUCACAACACCAGCUAUCCUCCGCUUCGUUGCAUGAUAUCAUCGAGCUACUCAAGUAUAAUCCAUCCAAACUGCGAACCAUCUCCCACGAUGCCCUCAAUAAGAUGAUAUCGAAAAAGACGCAUCAAAACGCCUCAGCCAAACUGUUGGACAACAGCUCAUUGAAAAACAUUGACGAGUUUCUUCGCGAUUAUGACAUAACAAUGGCAAAUCAUCGAAUGAAAACGGCAUCUGCAGCGACUUCGAUGGCCAGAGAUUGCUCUAACCUGCUGGCGGAGAGUGUCUUCGACAAGGAAACGGGUUUUGCUUCAGCCGAGCUAGCAUUCGACAAGGGCUCCUCUGCGGGCGGGCUAGAUAAGACCUUUCGAACGCUGUACAAAUCUACUUCCGACGAUAACUCCUCCUACGAGUUGCCGAAACUGUUGAUUCGUGAGGAUUCCCCAGUAGAAUCGUUCCAUAGUUCCUACCCGCAGCUGGAAACUGUGGCCUUGCGCGGUGAAUCGCCGAAGAACUUCAACUCGAUUACCAACCUGCAGACCGCUGACACCGCUGAGGUUGCGGAGACUACAACCGCGCUGGCUCCGGGCACCCUAUCGAAAGCCAACAGUGAACAGAAUAAGUUAGCUUCUAGUUCCUUACUGCAGUUGUAUGAACAUCCCCCGCCAGCGACAGCUGCUACGGCUACUACGGCAGCUGCUUCUGUCGGCAGCAUAGGAAGCGGAGCCUCGAAUAGUGGUACCUGGGCUCCUCACUAUGGUGGUGUAGGACACCACCACCACCACUCCGAUCUAGGGAUCAACGAAUUGGAGCUGAAGUUCAUCAACAAUGGACUGAUGGAGAAGGGUAACAGCAGUGGUUCCGUUUUCAAACUGCCGGCGGUUUCGAAUUUGGAAAUCAAUCACUGGAAUGCCAUGUCUAACGAUUCGGUGAAUAACUAUGCUCGAUCUGGGGAAGGCAAAGAAAAGGAAGAGGAGCAGGUCUCCAAUUCUCGCACAUCCAACGGGUUCAUUCAUAGCGAUCUGUCCAUUUCCUCUGACGAGGACGAUUUGUUUAGCAUAUCGGAUCUGAUCUACAAGAAUCAGGCCAAUAAGUCGAAGUCCAUCGAUUUGAAUGAAUUUCGCAAAACGUUCGGAAGCAGUCCUACGCUGCUGAACAAUUUCGGAGGGACCAAUUGCAAUUUAGUCCCGCAGUUGUCACGGUUGGAUGCGAUUCCUUCCCAAUACCGAAGGGGUUACACCAAUCUAAACGAUGCGGGCUUGUCCAGCUCGACUUCUGAGCUUGAGUGUGUUAACGCUACCACCAAAAAGAAGACUGGAAGCGGUGAGAACGGGGAGUUGUCGCCACUGCUAAAGCAUAGAAACAAUGAUCACGUUGCCUAUGUGCGGAGUUACGAGAAUUUAAACCGCUACAAAGGUUUUUCUAUGAAAAAUGGAGAUUCAGGUGAUAUUUUGCGGUGUCAACAGGGUGCAGGGCAACUAUUGCCUGGUAUUAGUAAUUUAGAUAGUAUCGCUGAUUCUGAUUUGAAUAGUAGCAGUGAGAGUGGUUCAAAUUUGAUUGACGACAGUUUUACUGAUUUCGAGUAUAGGUUUUCAAGACUAAGUUGCUCCGGAGGGAACAUCCACCAUAGUGCGGGUUGUAGUAGUAGUAGUAAUGUUACCAGUAGCAACACUCAAACUAGCAGUGGCAGUCAACACAAUAGUAGUUGUCAUAGUAGUAGUGGAGGUAGCAGCCAUAGAAUGCCAUCGUUGAACGACCUGAACCAUCGGAAUCGGUUGCUGCACGGGCAUCCUGCAUUCAAUAGCACCUCUUCACCAUUUAAUAACAGCUCAAACCCUACCGCUAACUACUAUUUCCCAUCGGACGAAAGCCUGUUCAACAUAGACUCAUUUUUCGACGAUUUUGUCGAAAUAGAUACCAGUGAUAUUUUCGAUAGUGCAGAGUACAUCAACAUCGGAGGUAGUCGAAAUUCAAACCCUUCCACAUCAAAAAUGUUACAGAAAUCGAACAACUCUAGCCUUCUGUUGCCGGAGAUUAUUCAACAAGACGAACUCCUCCUAAAGACUCAAUCAAGCUUCCCGGAAGCGGACGAUUUGCUCAUUGACGGUGCGCCGAUUCGUCAAAUCGAUGGUGGCGACUCGAUUCCGCUUGGCAGCGUGGAUGCACAACUACCAUCGCUCGUUAGGGUUCCUCAGUCAUCAGAACAACCAACAACCAUCCAUCAUCCGGCCGAACCGCUCAAAUCAAAGAAACUUCGCUGUGCUCAGUGCAAUCGAAAGUUGGGUGUCAUUAUGAUCAUGAAGUGUCAUUGUGAGAAAAUUUUCUGCGCCCAACAUCGCUAUGCUGAGGCACACAACUGUUCUUUCGAUUUCAAGCUGGAAGGCAAGAAAAUACUCGAGCGCGAAAAUCCUUUGGUGGUAGCCCAUAAAUUACCCAAAAUUUGAAUGGCUCGUCGUAGAUAGGCUUGUUUCUUACCUAAUCGGCUUUCGACGAAGUUGCGAUAUCAUGCGAUAGUUUGUCAAAAGUUUUCCAUAAAUCUUCGACAGCAUACAAGGACAGAUUCCUUUAGAAACGGAGAAAAGAAAAUAUAGUUUUGGAGUUUUUACAGCCUUAUUUAGACAGAAUACAUUGAUUGAAUUCAAAUGUAAUGUAAAUAAAUCCAAUUUUCUGUAGUUGAUUUUGUUUCUUAUUAUCAUAGUAUCUUUAUAUAUUGCGUUGCCUGUAGAGUAAUGUGUGGUUUGUUCAGGGUUUUAGUUUGUUGCAAUGUUCCUAACCUUCCGGAGGUCGCAUAUUGCAGUAAGCGUACAUCGUUAUGACAUUUUAGCGAAUCUUAGAGCUUCAUGCGGUCCCCUAAAUGCAGAAAAAGAUGCUGCUAAAGGAGGGUUAAUCAUCACAAUUCCGCGUACCGGUUCAUUCGUUUGUGUUUUGGAACGAACUUUUUUCAAAUAUUGACACACUGUUAAGAAAGAUAACUCCACACAUUGCGCUACAUCAACUAAGUACUCAUAGGAAUGGUUUCGCCUUAUAUCGCUAGAGUGCUAUCACCUGGGUAGAGUUAGAAUACAUUCUUCAAUAUAUUGAUGCUCGUUUGAAAGAAAUAAAUCGGAACAGUUACUAAAGGAUAAAUAAAGACAGAUGACAUAAAAUUUAAAAAAAAAACAUUAGCUAGAUUCUCUAUAAAUUUUAUUAAAACCGUGUUUAAUGUUGACAACAACCUAAAAAUUGAAUUGAGGAAUUUGUUCAAAAGAAGAUCAGUGCUUCAGAGAAAGAAAAUGAAACAUGUUUUCCUUAGAAAAAAAAACAAAACCAAAGCUUGAUUUACAAAAUCACAACCACAAACACUGAACUUCAUCAACAUGUGAACUAGUAGUCAGCCUGUCCAGAAACAGUACUAAUUACCACACAUCUGCAACACCAGCACGCAAAACAGAUUCUAAGGAUUAAACUGGUAAAGAAAUACUUUGAAGAACGACAGAGAAGGAAAUAUUUUUAUACUUGCGCUAGCGCAGAUUGUUUUCCCUUUAUUUAUAUUUCAUAUGGUGGAUUUUCAAGUAGUUUCCUAUUACCAAUAUACCCACAUAGCAAGUAUACUAGCAGUAACGUAAACAAUGAUUAUGAUGCAUGUAAUAGUACCGAUUGUAAUCUGGAGUUAUGAUAAUCCUAUUACACAAUUACCAUUUAAUCAAUUACUACUGGUAAACCCGCUACUAGUGUCGCAUAAAUAUGGCGUAAGUUCAGAGCUAAUAGGCGUUUAUUCUUUGCAAGCAUAAUAAUUUAUAACUUAUUAAAAAUCACAAAAAAAUAAAAUCCAAUAAAAAAAAGCUGGAAAAGCUCACAAGUAA